GUGCUGCCGUCGUUGUUGUUGCUGCUGCUGUUGCUGCUGCGCGCCUGCCGAGAAGCCCGUUGCAUAUCCUUUGGCGCUGAUGCCACUGACAGUGCCGUUCAGUUUCGAUUCGCAUUCAGAGACAGACGGACGCGUCCUGUCGGCCCUUCGAUUGCACUUGUUCGAAAAAGCGCGAAAGUUGCAAUUUUCAAAAUCCAAGAAAACGCACGCUUCUUCCGUUUAAUAGGCAAGGUCGAAGAGAAGCAGAAACAUUUUUUUUUCGAGUGUGCAGUGUGAAAAGAGCCGGCCAAAAAAGAAAAUUGCAAAACGAGAACACAGAAGACGGAAAUGAAGCCAGCAAGUUGUGUGCAUAUCGGAGAAAGUAACGGAAAUUAAAAUUUGCAUAUAUGCAAAAGGAGGCGGGCGGCGGUGGGUGGGCCAUGCAGGAGCGAUGAAGAUGGAAAUUAAGAUGAAAGAGAAUCCCAAACUGACCGAAACAAGACUCAAGUGUCAGAUCUAACUGCAGACUCGUGCGCAAUCCAACCCACCAGCCGAAAGCUUAAGAGGGGCACACCAAACACAACAAAACCAAAACCAAAACCAAAAAUAAAAAAAAACCCAGAACUCCCAGUAGCAAUAGUCCAGUUCCAGUUGCAGCCAGUGCAAUCUAAAGUCCAGCCACAAACAGAUACAGUCACAUAGAGAUGCCGUCGCCAGGACACCACACAUCAUUCUGCUGCUCCACGGCAGGAUUUAUCGCUUGCUCAGCAAUCGUUCUGCUUUGCAGUUCCGAGGUCCUGUCGAGUUGGGAGGAGUGGUGGACAUACGAUGGCAUAUCCGGACCAAGCUUCUGGGGCCUCAUCAAUCCGCAGUGGAAUAUGUGCAACAAAGGACGCCGCCAGUCGCCCAUCGACGUGGUGCCCGACAAGCUGCUCUUCGAUCCCUAUCUGCGGCCCCUGCACAUCGACAAGCACAAGGUAUCCGGCACGCUGCACAACACCGGCCAGUCGCUGGUCUUCCGCGUGGACAAGGACACCAAGCAGCACGUGAACAUAUCCGGCGGACCGCUGGCCUACCGCUACCAAUUCGAGGAGAUCUACAUACACUACGGCACGGAGAACGUGCGCGGAUCCGAGCACUUCAUCCAGGGCUACAGCUUUCCAGGCGAGAUCCAAAUCUACGGCUUCAACAAGGAGCUGUACCACAACAUGUCCGAGGCGCAGCACAAGUCGCAGGGCAUCGUUGGACUCUCCUUGAUGGUGCAAAUUGGCGAGACGCCCAAUCCGGAGUUGCGGAUCAUCACCAGCACCUUCAACAAGGUGUUGUACAGAGGAUUCUCCACGCCCAUACGACACAUAUCCGUGAGAUCGCUGCUGCCGAACACGGAUCACUACAUCACCUACGAGGGCUCGACGACGCAUCCGGGCUGCUGGGAGAGCACCGUCUGGAUCAUAGUUAAUAAGCCCAUCUAUAUCACCAAGCAGGAGUUGUACCAACUCCGACGACUGAUGCAAGGCUCCGAGAGUACUCCAAAAGCUCCACUAGGUAAUAAUGCGCGACCCGUGCAAAGUUUACACCAUAGAACCGUAAGGACGAACAUAGAUUUUAAGCGAAACAAGAAUCAAUAUGCGUGCCCAUCGAUGUACAAGGACAUGUACUAUCGGGCGAAUCGAUGGUCACCCGACACGGGACUUUUGAUACGUUGACAACUGGGCUGGGAGAGCCGCGAAGAGCAAUUAUUAUUGCCAUUAUUAUUAUUAUUAUUAUUGUGUGUGGUAAAUAAUGUUACAGCAAUUACAACUAUAAUGGCAACAACUGGUUGCAAAAACAUCAACAACUGAGGCUGGCAACGAAGCAUUUUGCAUUUUGCAUUUUGCAUUUUUUAUGUCGCAUUCAAUUUUUAUAUUCAUGUUUACAACACGAACUCAGGAUUCGUUUGGCUUGCAAUUGCAAUAUUCCUACAGCAGCAGCAGCAGCACAGUAAAUUGUAUUAUUUAUUUCAUUAUUAUUAAUAAUACGACAACGGGACAAAUUUAGGUAACAAAAGCAGGAAAAAAUAAGCGGAAAAGGAAUGCUUAUAGAGCAGUAUAACAAUAGAGUAAAUGCUAUGCCAAACAAAAAUGCUAAAUUUAACAAACAAAAAGCUGACACACAGACACUAGCGAAUAUAAAAUAGCAUAUAGUAGCUGAAAAUUUGCGUAAAAAUAUUAUUGCAUAUUCCUGUGGCGGAGUGUGAGAACUUAAUUCAAUGAAAUUUAAUACAAUUCGGUUUUUGUCUUCAAUUUAUAUGUAUUUAUGCAAAGCUCAAAAAGCACGAGUCUAUCAUCGUGUUUUUUGUUUUUUGU